AUGCCAUUGGAGGGCGCGUACGAGUGGGGCAAGAGGGCGGUGCGGCUGAGGCAUCUGAAGGUCCGCUAUCCCUCCAGUCGGCCCAAGUGGUGUCUGGGCGUGUGGAUGAGUAUCUGUGAGGGUCACGCAAGCGGCCGGGCAGCACUGGUGGCCGAGAAGAAGAAGCAGCAGGAGAGCCACGGCAACGGUGCGGCAGCGGAGCUGGCCGACCAGGGCACACUGGAGGUGUUAUCGUUCGAGAGCGUGGCGCUGCGGCAGAGAGCUGGCGUCAUGUGUGAAGUGGUCCCCGUCCCCGCCUCCCUCGUCCAUCUGCCAGCCCUCAAGACCGUCACUUCCCUGCCGAGUGAGUGUGCACCGGCGCGUGUCGACAGGCAGUGGUCCACCCCCAACCUCGCCACACUCAGCAUCACCGGCUGCCAGAAGCUCGACACAGAGGGUGGGCGGGCGUGGCUGGAGGGAUGUCAUCGGCUGGAGGAUCUUGACCUGAGUGGGAUAGACGAGGAGGACGGCAAGGGCAAACGGCUGGUGGAGGUCCUCAGUGGUGCCUUCCCGCCCGACGGCAAGUGCCUCGCGAGUCUGCGGUCACUGCGUGGCGUUGACGUGUCCGCUGCAGAGAAGUCCGGCCAUCAUCCCUUUUUCCCGGAGAUCGACAGUGUGCGGGAGACGCUGGUGCAGCGAGGGGUCAGGCGUACACUCAAGCAUAUUGACUUGAGUCGCCUGCUGCCGAUGGAGCUGCUCAACAGUGACGAGUGUCGGGUGCGGGUCGGCACAGUGGCUGACCUGAUGUAAGUCAGACACGCACACGCACAGCCAGCCAGCCAGCCAGCCAUCUGUCUCUGCAUGUUCGUCGCUGUAACGUAAUCAGGGGUGCCAUCAUGCAUGGUGAUUUCCUUUCCGACGAGCCACGAGCUUUCCAUACGGAUCACGAAGUCGUCAUCGCCGCCGAGGUAUUCGUCCUCUGGGCCCGUGUGUACUACGUGGGCACUCACCGCUCGCAGUGCGUCAAGAAGAUCAUCGCCGACGUGGCCGCUCAGGCAGGGACGGUGGUCUACUCGGGGAAUAGCGACCCGUCGGCGGCCACCUGCAUCUCAUUCGACACCUUCCCAAAGGCGCACACUUUCGAGAUGGCUUGGAGUGCUCUGGCGUCGGAAGAGGAGCGCGCGACGGCCGUCGACAUCGCCUGCUCCCUCCCGAACUUGUCUCGUGUCGAGGUGGGCUCUCAACAUCGGCCCCUGACGUCAGGUGCCGGUGCCGGCGUCGUUGCUUUCCUGACGAAGAUCAAGCCCCUCGGGAGCAUCGACUUGACCAUCCACACGACGAGCGCAUCGGUCAUGUCGACGGCUGGUGGCGGGCGAGAGUGGGAGCUGGGCAGACAUGCGGCGUAUAUUUCGCCCAUCGAGAACCUGCAUCUCAAAGUCUACGGUACCUGAGAUGGAUCGAUGGGUGGAUGGAUCAAUGGAUGGAUGUGUGCAUGCGCAUGUGUGUGUUUCGCAGGCGUCACAGCUGCAGGCGUCAAUGUUGAUGCUGAAGACUUCUAUGGCUGUGUGCUGGCGAUGCUGGCAUCCUCAACCGACCUGGAGGUACGCCGACAAAGAGUGCAAUUUCCCGCUGGCCAGCGGCCACAAGUUUUGUUGUGUCGUACUUGUUCAGUUCCACGUGAGCACCUCCAUACGCAUCGACGACGCUGCCCUUCGCGCGUACCUCCACAAGCGCUUCCGAAGUCAGUACGGCCUGUUCAACCUUCAGCCGGGUCAAGAAUACAAAGCGGAGUGUGCCGGCGACGACCUGCUGCUUAAGCGCCGCAGAAGGCCGAUGGAUGGAUAGGCACGCGGACUCACUGUUGACAUAUCGCAUGCGACGAGAUAAGGCGUGGGUGAGAGCGUCCAGCCAGCUGACGGCCUGUCCGCCGCCAGUGUCCGGUGAUGGCGUUUUCCUGUUGCAAUCGUUUUUCC